GAUGGAUUGUUUACGUUUUGCAUGGUCAAUAUUUGGUGGAGAUCAAUUUGGGUGAAUAUUUUAGUUUAUUAGAACACAGUCCGUGAUUUAAAAUGGAAAUUUUCCUUCGAGAACUUGAAGCGUUCGUCAAAAGCGGAAAACUAACUGUCAAUUUUCUUCGUCAAUUCCAAGGAUAAUGUAUUUAGAAGGUUGAUUUUUAUCGCUUUUGCUGGGCGACAUUGUGGGGGACAUCUGUCACUCUCUGCAUACAAAUUUCAUUACCCCGCACCAGCCCUCCCCGAUUUUUAUACCGGAGCCCCCGGAAGAGAAAUGUCAAGUCGAGAAAUGUCAUUUUGCUCUGAACAACUUCACCUUGUCAUUUAUAACACCUUGGUCAAUUCUUCUUCUACCUAGCUGUCAAAACGGGCUUAUAACUUGACCUGAUAUCUUUACGGUCCUUGGUUGUGUGUUUUUUUUAUCUCCCUCUCCUCUGUUUGCCAUACAAAUAAUUAGAACAUUACUUCGUGCACACCAAAUAGAAAUCAGAGCUAGAAAAUGAGUAACCAAACAGUAGUAUAAUUAUUUUAAAGCGUAUUUCUGUAUCACACGUGGUUGCUCCUUCUUUACCCAGUCAGCGCAUGGGUUAUGUGACUCAUGUUUUAUUGGGUAAUUUUUGUUUUGGCUGAUGAAACAUCCGCCGUACGAACGCCCCGCGAGUGGUCACAUGAGCCCUGAUAUUAGUGAGCACAGUUACUGUAAGAGCAAUAACACAGAAAAAAAGGAACAAACAUGAGUGACACACUGAACCGGCUGCCGAUUGUGGAUCCCACGGUCCGGAUCGUACCGACGAAGGAAUUGCGCAAGUUCAUCGGCACCAAACUGUCGGUGGCAUCGCCAUCAACCCCCGCCGCCGUGCGGGACAUCCACAGCACAUUCAAUCCCGGCAAGCGGGCAACAAAAACAGUCAACAAACCGGGCAGCAGCUCCCCGGGCAAUGAGGCGCAAACGGAGUCGAGUAUUGAUUUUACCGAGCAGGAGCGAACCAUCAUCGGUCACAUGGUGGCGGCGUCACUAAAGGAACAGGGCCCCGAGUUCGGUACGGCCGGGCUGCUGGCAGCGGAAGACGACGAAACGGUGCAGCCGAACAGGGGCGACAUCACGCUGAACCUAGCCGAUCUGAAGUGGUUGUACGGAGCGCUGAGCGAUCUGCGCCAAACCGACCCGACCGUACCGUACCUGCACGCCCUGCUGGCCGGGUGCCAGCUCAAGCUGCCCGAAAAUCCGAUCUGCAAGCGCAACCCCGAGCUGGAGGCACGCUGCCAGCGGCUGCGCAAGGAGCAGGAGGACCGGGAGUAUCACCGGAUGACGAAGAACGUGGACAGCAUCCGCAAGCACAUGCCGGAGGAAACGAUAAGCUAUCAGAUGAAACAAAUCAACCGGCACCUGAUAGCGGUCGCCCAAUUUCUAUUUUCCGUUGCGGCCGGGUUCGCGUUUGGCUUCAUCGGGAUCGAGCUGCUCAUCGGGCAGCUAGAUUUUGGCUUCCGCCUGCUGCUGGGCAUCAUCAUUGCGCUCAUCAUCGCGCUGGCCGAAAUUUACUUCCUCGCGAAGAAGCUGAACGAGGAGUACGAGCUACCACCGCCACCCGCCCGUAUCACGAAGGAAGGUCCCACCACCACCCCGAACGGGCCGCGAUUAACCGGCAAACAGCACCAGGAAUGAAGUGUGUUCGUGCGCGCGCGUGUGUGUGUGUGAUGGUUGUUUAUUGGAAAACAAUUAUUGAUAAAAAAUGCAUAUUCACCCCA